AUGCUGGUCUUCAGCAGUCCCACAGUUGUACGUCAUCGAUCUCAAGUGGUGAAACCAGAUUUGCCCUAUUCGGACAGUCGAAUUGAGGCUUUGUCCACUGCGAACUAUGCAUUACGCACUCGGUUGGGUGAAUUGCAACGGCUCCAAAUCGAACGUGAGAUCACAUUGCGUAAAGCACGUCAAAUGGUGGACAAACUGAUUUCCAAGCAACAAACGCAAGCUGAAUUGAUCAAGAACAAUACAGAUCGCCUUCAAGAGUUCGGGGAUCAUAGUUGGCCCCUCAGUCCUUUGAGGCCGGUUAUUGUUGGAGAUUAUGCUGAAAAACCGAUAGAUACGACCAGUACUCAAUGGACCCAAUAUGCCGAGCCAAUGGUCCAUCAUGUACCGCACGCGGAGCAAAGGCGGGAUUCGGACAGUCUAUCGGACGAAGCGGAUCCGAAAUCGAUCGAGGACUGGGUGGACAGACCGAGAUCGACAAAUCGUGCGCACUGGAUGGAUCGUGUGCAACAAAUGGAUUCACAGGUCGUUUCGACGCAUCAAAUUCUCGAUCGUCUUCGUGAUGACUACGCAGAACUGGCUCGCAGUGUGUCUCGUAUUGAACAGAAAACGCGAGAGGCCGCGAAUUCUGUGAACACAAUGAUGGAGUACCGCGCACAGUCCCGGAAUCCGGAAAUUUCUCGGAAAUCUUACUCCCCCGAGACGGUCUACGGUCAAUGGAUCGAUCCGGCAGUCGCUUCGAAAUUGCAGAGAGCUCGGUAA